AUGCGGGGUCUCCUCCUUUGUUGCCUUUUGGCGCUGGCCACUUGUCAAAACCUACGUUAUGAUCUCACCCUGAAUCCAAAGAAAACCUAUGAAUACAGAUAUGAAGGAGUGGUGAACUUCAAAGUCAACAGGGCAAACUUUGCAGAGUCUGGUGUGAAAAUAACAUGCAAGGCCAGGAUCACCGGAGUGUCCGGUCAAACCUUCCUGCUGCAGCUCUCUGAUCUGGGUUUUGCUGAGUAUAAUGGCUUCCCAGAGAAAAACGAUUAUGAGCCUUCACCAAAGCUGGUCAAACGUAUCGCUGCUCAGCUUGUCAAACCUUUCAAGUUUGAGUACACCAACGGACACGUUAGCGACAUCCUCGCCUCUGCCGAGAUCUCCAACACCGUUGUCAACAUCGUGAGGGGAAUACUUGAAUUCUUCCAGGUCACUGUGAAGACAACACAUACCAUCUAUGAACUGGAAGAGUUUGGACUCCAUGGCAAGUGUCAGAGCAAUUACGCAAUUGAAGAAGACACAAAAACAAAUGACUGGACCGUCACUCAGGUUGUGGACGUCACUAACUGCAGGGAGAAAGCAGAGAUGUUCAGAGGAAUGGCACAUGCUAUGGAUGACAAGUUAUCCGAAGAGAGAGGAGUGUCUGUCUUUUCCACAGUGAGGUAUGUUUACACUGUCAAACCAUCGGCGGAGGGGGGUCUCAUUACAAGAGCUCACGGCCUGGAGCAACAGCACUUCAGUCCCUUCAACGUGAAGGGUGGAACGUUUAAGAUGCAAGCCAUGAAGGAACUGACGCUACUGAGUGUGAGCGACACCGUUUCAACCAUCACACCCGGACCAAUGGAAAGCAAGGGCGACAUUGUUUACAAGUUUGAAGAUGUAGACGUACAUAUGCCAAUUGUGAUGCAGAACUUGGACAACCCCAUACCAAAGGCUGUUGAACUAAUCAAGCAUCUGGCUGAGGCCAACAUGCACAUGAUUGACAAUGCAAGCACCGACGAUAUUAUAAAGGUGUACCAGCUGAUGAAAGUGAUUCCAACUGAAGGACUGGAAAGUAUGUGGAAGCAAUUUGCAGACAGUCCUGAGUACAGACGAUGGUUCUUGGACCUGUCUGUUGAAACUGGUGAUGCCAAAAUCCUGAAGUUCUUGGAAAAGCGGUUUCAGGCGAGAGAUUUGACUCUAACUGAAGCUUGGCAAACCUUUUUGUUGGCCCUUCAGCAUCUGCAGACGACUCCUGAGUUGGUCGAGAUGGCAAAAAUUUUCCUGAGGAUGCCAUACAGUAAAUCGUAUACCUAUCUGUGGCACACUGUGGUUCUUUCCUAUGGCUCUCUGGUGUACAGACACUGCGAAUACCAUACACCAUGUCCAAUGACGGCUGUUCAGCCACUGUUGGACAUGGCUACAGAUGCUUUGAGGAGAAACGACAGAGAAGAAAUGGUCCUGGCUCUAAAAGCUCUGGGGAACGCAGGUCACCCUGGCAGCAUUAAAACUAUCAUGCGUUUCCUUCCUGGAGUGGCUGCCACCCCUGUGGAUCUGCCUGCUUUUGUCCAGAGUGCGGCCGUGCAGGCAAUGAGACUCAUCACUGUCAGAGACCCUCACAGUGUUCAAGACAUCACCAUGAACCUGUUCCUGCAGAAGCACCUUCAAUCUGAGAUCCGCAUGUUGGCCUUGAUGGUUCUGUUCGACACCAAGCCAUCAAUGGCUCUCGUUUCCACGGUGACAACACAUUUAAUGGAAGAGAAAGACCUCGAUGUUGGCAGCUUUGCAUACUCCUACCUGAGAGGUUUUGCCAGAUCCUGGACUCCAGACAAUCAUUUCAUCUCUAUUGCCUCAAGUGUAGCUGUGAAAAUCCUCGCCCCUAAAUUUGGUCGUCUCAGUUAUUUCUACAGCAAAGCAAGGCGUGUAGACUGGUUUGAUGAUGAUUUCCUAACUGGCCUGACAUCAGAGUUCUUCAUGCUGAAACGUGCAAACAAUAUAAUUCCCAGUAAAAUCAUGUCAAAAGGCAAAUUUCACAUGAUUGGUAGAAUAAUCCAGCUGAUGGAGUUCGGUAUAUGUGCAGAUGGAAUUAAGGAGCUGUUUGGAACAAGCAUUCCUGGCUUUAAAGGCAAUUAUACCUUCCAGGAUCUUCAGACUAUUUUCAAAGUUCUUCAGACCUGGGAGAAAAUGCCAGACGAUAAGCCAGUUCUUUCAGCUUAUUCCCGAGCCUCGGGCCAGGAGUGGUUCUUCGCUGAUAUCAGCAAGGAGACUAUCCGCAACAUCAUUACGGUGCUGAAUCUUUCUGCAGAGAAAACAAGUCUUCUGUGGGCUGCCAUUGAGCAUUUGCAAAAAGGAACUUCAUGGAACUACAGACGGCCGUUCUUGAUAUUAGAGGCCCGUUACUUCCAAGCCACAACCCUGGGUCUCCCUGUGGAAAUCAGCAAAUAUUAUAAUACUCUUUCUGCAGUCACUGUUAACUCUAAAGCUUCCAUAAACCCACCACUAACAGACCACCUUGGGCAGCUCCUAAACUCUGAGGUUUCACUGGAAACAGAUGGUUUUGCCGGUUUCUCCAAGGAUUUCUGGGUUUUCUACGGGAUCAGCACAGAUCUGUUCCAGUGUGGCUUUGAGUCAAAGAACAAGAUGCCCGUUGUUGUUCCAUGGAAGUUCACAGCUAAGAUAAACGUUGCUGAAAAGAAAUUUGAGCUCGACUUCCCUCCUUGCAAAGAAGAAAUUGAACUGUUUUCAUUGAGAUAUGACGUGUAUGCAGUCUUCAGAAACAUUGAGGAGCCAACUUCACCCAGAAAGACUUCAUUAAUGCUCAUCUCUGAUGAAGCCACGGAAGAGAUGACUGAAGUCCUGAACCGAAACACCUGGUAUCCAUUUCACAAUAUGAGUACUGAGGGUGACGUCUACGGGGUGGGAUUGUGUGCAGAGUACAGCUUAAAGAGACAGUACUACAGGGAGGAUUACCCCCUCUACUACUUCCUGGGAUACGCCAACAUGUCACUCAAAAUUGUUCCAGUCGAGACAGUCAAACCUGUUGACAAGAUCCACUUUGAGCUCGAUGCCGGUCCCAGCAGGCAUCCAAUGAGCACUCGCCAGCUGCUUAAAACUCUGAGGAAGCUUUCCAAGGAAGCUUCAAACAGAAUCAAUCUCUCUUCUGAUUCAGCCUCAAGGCAGAGAGAAUCUUAUCGCAGAAACUAUGACGUCAUGAUGGAAAGUGCAACACCUGAAGCUGUCUUCAAUCUCAAGGCCUUCGCCAUGAGAGAGAACGAGAAGCCUGAGGGUUAUGAUGUAGCCAUGUACUAUACACCUGAGGCACAUGCUCAGAAUGUCCAAGUAAUUAUGUCUCAAGUUGGAGACGACACCAACUGGAAGAUGUGCCUUGACACUAGCAUCGAAGCCGACGCUGAGGCAAAGGCGCACAUUAGAUGGGGAGCUGAGUGUCAGUCUUAUGACAUGUCAGUGAAAGCUGAUGUGGGACAACUCAACGAUUCUAAGCCAGCACUCAGAGCCAAAGCCCAUUGGACCAUGAUCCCAGAAUACAUGACAAAGAUGGGCAAACGAAUUGAACGCUACAUCCCUGGCAUGGCUUUCCUUUAUGGGUUCUACCAGGAACAUGAAGAAAAUGACAAGCAAGAGGUGUCCGCAUCCGUUGUUGCUGCCUCACCAAACACCAUCCAUGUGAAAGUUAAAUUCCCAGAGUAUACAGUGUUCUACAACAACAUGUCAUUUCCAAUACCGUAUGAGGGCUGGGAGCAUCUGAGAAACAUGACAAACCCAACAAUGAACUGA